CGAACUUCAUUUUUAAUUACAUAAAUUAAUUUAAGCGCGUAAUUGCAUAUAAAACACAUUAAGAAAAAUCACAACACUUCAACUUAAGUACUUACUUCUGCUGUUGUACUACAAAAAACGAUUGUCACGCUAUUAUAAUACUGAUUGCAAUACACAAAUUUAUUUGAUCGCGAUGGACGUCCACGCCUGGUUGCCGGUGAUCUUUUGCAGUCUCUCCAUACCAUUAUCGUUAUUCAUGUGGUUGGGCAAUUUGGCAUUUUCGAAAUUCUGGCAUUAUAAUGAGUUUGAAGAGCCGCCCGUUAUACCGCCAACACGUUGGUUAUUUUCAACAUUAGCGCCGCUUACGCUUAUGACAAUUGCACUGCGCAGGAAAUCCGUUAACUAUUCCGGUGCUGCAUUGGGCAUCAUAUUUGCCUUUAUUUUGUCCAUCGCCAAUCAUGCAUUCUUCGCUAGCUUAGCGGCAUUUUUCUUCACUUCAUCACGUGCCACCAAAUUUCGUGCGAGUUUAAAGCGAAAAUUCGAAAAGGACUUCAAGGCUGGUGAGGGUCAACGCAAUUGGGUGCAGGUGUUGUGCAAUGGCGGCAUGGCGACACAGUUAGCCAUAUUAUAUCUCAUAGAUUGCGGUAGUUGUGAGCGUGCCAUUGACUUCAGCAAUGAGUAUCGCUCCAGUUGGUUAGGCGUUGCAGUUAUGAGCGCCUUCGCAUGCUGUAAUGGCGACACAUGGGCUAGCGAACUCGGCAGUGUACUGUCCAAAAAGGAACCUUUCCUUAUCACAACGCGUCGUCGUGUACCACGUGGCACUAAUGGUGGUGUUUCUGUACCAGGUCUGGUGGCUAGUCUUGCUGGUGGCCUGCUAGUUGGUUUCGUCUACUACAUAACUGUGCGUUAUACCGUUGAUGCGCAUACCUUACAAGCGGGGCCUGCACAGUGGCCGCUUAUUAUAUUUGGCGGCGUGGCUGGGUUGCUUGGUUCUUUGUUGGAUUCAUUACUCGGUGCUACAAUGCAGUACUCUGGUGUGGAUAAAGAAGGCAAAAUUGUUGAAUGUCCAGGAGUGGGUGUGCGCCAUAUUAGCGGUUUACGCAUAUUGGAUAAUCACAGUGUGAAUUUGAUUUCCAGCAUUGUAACGGGUGUGACAAUGCCUUUAAUAGCGUUAAAGUUUUGGCCCAUGCAUUGAGUGAGAAUCAGCGUUAUGAUUUUUGAUAUUUAUACAUUUGUGCAAACUGUUGAGAUUUGGCAAAAUAUGAAAAUUAGUUGAGUAUAGUGUACUUUUUGUAAAGGCUUCUGUUAAACAGUAAGCCAUUUUCGAACGAAUUUUGUAAACAUUCAUAUGUGCAGCUAUCUAUAGUUUUGCAUGUGUGUAUGUAUGUUUGUGGUAUCGAAUACCAACGAGGGUUAUUUAUUAAUUUUUAUAAAUCCUGUUUUAUGAUGCAACUACUAGGACUGAUCUAUGACGCGAAACGUAUAUAAACAUUUUUAAUUAUUAACUCUAGGUAACGUGUCUCAAAAUGUAACUAAAAAAGAACUUUUUUUUUAUUAAAUUAUCGUUGGCAGCUUUUUAUAUAUAAUAUGCAUGUAAGUGUGACUAAUAAACAUUAGUAUAUGCAUGAAGUAAGAAUAA